CUGCAUUUUUGGGCAUCAUAAACGUAUUUUAUAUAGCUAUAUGACCAUAAACACAUUCAAAUGUUCUCUAUUAAGCCGUCUCACUAAGGUUUGAAACAUUCAUCAUCUUUCUGACGACGAAACACUUGCCGGUUGAUGACGUAUCGGUAUUGAGGACUUCCGGCUUUGGGUGCUGAUGAGACUGAAGUGAGCUGAUUGAACGACACAGAAGAUGGCUGAUAGAAGUGACCUGAAAGCUGAGCUUGAGCGCAAAAAGCAGCGCUUAGCCCAGAUUCGAGAGGAGAAGAAAAGAAAGGAGGAAGAGAGAAAGAAAAAAGAGUCUGAGAUGCUUCAGAGGGCCGAGAAUGUGUCAGAAGACUCGGACCUGGACAGAAAGAGAAGAGAGACAGAGGCUUUCCUGCAGAGCAUUGGAAUUUCACCAGAACCACCUUUAGUGCAGCCACUGCAGCUUUUAACAUGGGAUACCUGUUAUUUUCAUUAUUUAGUCCCAACCCCUAUAUCUCCCUCUUCGCAAUCAGUGAGCCCACCCAGUGAAACUGGAAGUCAGGAGUCCAUAGAUGGAGGGACAGUGGGAAGAUAUCGGACAUUACAGUGGGACACCGACCCCUCAGCUCUUCAGCUGCUUGCAGAUUCUGUUCAUGGGGGCAGGAUGCAAAGGCUUGGUGCAUCAAAAAUUGUUCAGAUUGAUUUUACGCCAAAAGAACUGGUGACAUACUCUAAAGAAACACAGACUCCUGUGACAUCUCAUCAGCCUGAAGAGGAGGAGGAUGAGGAGCUGUCAGUGACCAAAUCUGAGCCUGCGCCACAACAGCUGGAGGAGGAAAACUCUCAGGAGGCCGAAGAAGUUCAUCCAAGAGAACUGACCAAUGAGGAGAAAGAGCAGAUUAUUCAUUCAGAGGAUUUCCUGUUUUUCUUCGACCAAAGCAUCCGUGUAAUGGAGCGUGUGCUGGCUGAGGAUACAGACAUUUUCUUUGACUACAGUGGGCGAGAUAUGGAGGACAAAGAAGGGGAUAUGCAAGCUGGAUCAAACUUGUCUUUUAAUCGACAUUUCUGCGAUGAGCAUUGGUCCAAACAUCGAGUCGUCACUUCCCUGGAUUGGUCACCACAGUAUCCUGAAUUACUAGUGGCCUCAUACAACACUAAUGAGGAUGCACCUCAUGAGCCAGAUGGAGUUGUGAUGGUCUGGAAUAUGAAGUUUAAGAAGAUGACCCCCGAGUACAUAUUCCACUGUCAGUCCUCAGUGAUGUCAGUUGGCUUUGCUCAGUUUCAUCCCAACCUGGUGAUCGGAGGCACUUACUCAGGACAGAUAGCACUGUGGGACAAUCGAAGUCACAGGAGAACCCCAGUGCAACGGACGCCAUUGUCUGCAACUGCACACACUCAUCCUGUAUACUGUGUGAAUGUGGUCGGAACACAAAAUGCCAACAACUUGAUCACAGUAUCCACAGAUGGCAAGAUGUGCUCCUGGAGUCUGGACAUGCUCUCACAGCCUCAGGAGAGUAUGGAGCUGAUCUACAACAAGUCAAAGCCGGUGGCCGUCACUUGUAUGGCCUUCCCUGCAAGUGAUGUGAAUAACUAUGUGGUAGGAAGUGAGGAGGGCACCGUUUACACAGCAUCCCGCCAUGGAAGUAAGGCUGGUAUUGGUGAAAUGUUUGAUGGGCAUCAGGGGCCUGUGACUGGAAUCAGCUGCCAUAACGCUGUGGGUCCAAUUGACUUCUCCCAUCUCUUUACCACUUCCUCAUUUGACUGGACAGUCAAACUGUGGUCAACCAAACAUAACAAGCCCCUGUACUCCUUUGAAGACAACGCAGACUAUGUUUAUGAUGUCAUGUGGUCUCCAGUGCAUCCAGCGCUCUUUGCUACAGUGGAUGGCAAUGGUCGUCUGGACCUCUGGAAUCUCAACAACUACACAGAGGUGCCGUCAGCAAGUGUGACAGUGGAGGGAGGGUGUGCCCUGAACCGGGUCAGAUGGUCAUCAGGGGGCAGAGAGGUGGCCGUGGGUGAUUCAGAGGGUCGUCUUUGGAUCUAUGAUGUGGGAGAGAAGUUGGCCGUGCCACAUACAGACGACUGGAGCAAAUUUGCCCGUACACUCAUGGAGAUUCGUGCAAACCGAGGGGAUGGAGAGGAAGAAGGUGCUUUGGAGCUGCCUGCCUGAGACACACACACAGACAUUUACAUUCAGUGAGAUACACGUAAAGAUACGCUGAAACAGAUGCUUGAUAUAAAGUGAGUGAAUCACACAUACACGCUGCUGUGAUCACAGGUCUUUUUUCUUUUGCCUACAAAAGUCUAUUUAUAGCAUGGGUGUUAAUUAGCAAUAACUCCUCUUCCAAUGCUAAUAGUUAAUUCCAGAACACACACAGGUGACUGUGCUUGAUCUAACGUAUAUCUAGGGCUUGCAGUGACUAUAUAGGAGUGAGCCAAUGCUAUCACACUGUAUCAAAAUAGCUGUGCCUGAAUUAUAAUGUCAACUUAUUUUACGUAUGUUAAAGUACAAGGUCAUACUGAGAUAUGGAGAAUAUGUACUGACCGUUAUGUAAAAAUGUAUUACAGCAAAACUUAUGAAUGUGACUUUAUUUUUCCUUUUUUACCUUUUAUGCUGUAUGUGUGAAUAAUGUAAUACCAAUUGCAGCAUAAAACAUCUGUAAAGUGUGAACUUACAAUAAAGGUCA